AUGCAUGAGACCGACGAGAAGGCCGAAAGGCAGACAUCUGUCUACUCGGCCCAGGUCAAGGUCUCUGAUUUCAAGGCAGACGCCAUGGAAGCAGAGAAGUCGGAACAUGACAUGACCGUUCUCCAAGCCGUGAAGGCGUAUCCAAUGGCAGCUUUCUGGGCCUUUGUCAUGUCCUCUAUGAUCAUCAUGGAAUCUUACGAUGUCUUUCUGGCCAACAACUUCCUCGCCCUGACGGUCUUCAACGAGCAUUUCGGAACCCUGCAGGCCGACGGCUCGUACAAUAUCCCACCGAGCUGGACCUCAGCUCUGUCCUGUUCUGGACAACUGGGGGCCCUUAUUGGAGUCUUUCUUGCUGGUCCUCUUACGAGCAGAAUUGGUUACCGUUGGGCCACCAUCUUCGGGUUGAUGCUUCUGAAUGCCUUCAUCUUCGUCUUCUACUUUGCCGAGUCUCUGGGCGUCAUUUUCGCAGCGCAGAUCCUUGAGGGUAUUCCAUGGGGCAUUUUCAUUGCGAACGCGCCGGCUUACUGCAGCGAGAUCGUCCCAAUUCAGCUACGUGCACCAUGUACGCAGAUGUUGCAGAUGUUUUGGGCCAUCGGCAGCAUCAUCGUCGGCGCCGUCACGUACUCUUACCAGAGCCGUAACGAUGAUUUGGCCUACAGGCUCCCAAUCGCACUCCAAUGGAUGUUCCCUACGCCACUGGCUAUUCUCAUGUUCUUCGCUCCCGAGAGUCCCUGGUGGCUGGUACGAAAGGGCAAGUUCGAGCAAGCAGCCAAGGCGGUCCAACGGUUGGGACGCAAGUCUGCGGUGAACCAGAACGAGACCGUGGCUAUGAUGCGCCGUACAAUCGAACUCGAGACGUCGGAGAAGUCACCCAGCUACAUUGAAAUGUUCAAAGCUACGGAUCUUCGCCGUACCCUGAUCGUGGCCGGUGUGUACGCAUCGCAGAACUUGACUGGUAACUUGAUUGCAAACCAGGCCGUCUACUUCUUCACUCAGGCCGGAAUCGGUCAGCAACUUGCUUUCGCCCUGGGACUCAUCACUUCGGCACUUCAGAUGAUCUUCGUCAUGCUGUCUUGGAUUCUCACGACCUAUUUCGGCCGAAGAGACAUCUACCUCUGGGGCUCGCUCGCCAACUUCAUCCUUCUCAUCGCACUGGGUAUUGCCGGUUCCGUUGGAGUCAACCACGCUUCCAACUUGGCUCAGGCCUCGCUGGGUCUGAUCGUUUCUGUGCUGUUCACUCUGGGCCCAGCUCCUGCGUCGUGGGUUAUCAUUGGAGAGACGUCUUCGAUCCGUCUCCGUCCCCUCACCACUGGAUUCGGUCGUGCAGUCUACUACAUUGUCGAGAUUCCAUGCAUUUUCCUCGCACAAUAUAUGCUCAACCCAGACGGUGUCAAUCUUCGAGGCCAGUGCGGUUAUGUUUGGGGUGCUACAGCACUUGUGUGCCUGGUCGUCGCAUGGUGGGGUCUGCCUGAAAUGAAGAACCGCUCGUACCGUGAGAUCGACAUUCUAUUCAAGCGUCGUGUGCCGGCUCGCAAGUGGAAGAAGACAGAGGUCGGCCUCAGCGAGGAUGAGUAG